AUGAGCAACGACGACGGGAACUUGCUGGACGUGCUGAGGGCUCGUGGCUGGAAGUACGCGUUGCUGGCCCUGGUGGACGUGGAGGCGAACUACCUGGUCGUGAAGGCCUACCAGUACACCACACUCACAAGCGUGCAGCUGCUGGACUGCAUGGUCCUCCCCGUGGUGUUCGCCCUCUCGUGGUUCUUCCUGCGCGUGCGCUACCGCGCGGGUCACGUGGUCGCCGUGGCGCUCUGCCUCGUGGGCGUGGGGGCCAUGGUGGGGGCCGACCGCCUCACGGGGAGGUCGCAGGGCGAAGCCUCUAACCGCGCGCUGGGAGAUAUGCUCGUGGUGGCCGGGGCCGUCCUCUACGGAGUGUGCAACGUGUGCGAGGAGCAGCUGGUGCGCUCCCGGGGCCGCGUCGAGUUCCUGGGCGCAGUCGGCCUGUUCGGCACCCUCAUCAGCGGCGUGCAACUAGCCAUCGCCGAGCGCAAUGCUCUCGCCAGCAUGGAGUGGACCUGGCGCGUGGGCCUGCUGUACGCGGGCUUCGCCUGCUGCAUGUUCUCGCUCUACAGCCUUAUGCCCCUGGCCCUGCGCCUCACGAGUGCCGCCUCCGUCAACUUGGCCAUCCUCACGGCCGACCUCUACAGCCUCUUCCUCGGCACCUUCCUCUUCAAGUACCCGUUCUCAGCCCUCUACAUCGCCGCCUUCCUCAUCAUCAUCUCCGGGCUCAUCGUCUACUCCGUCACGCCCACGGCGGAGGCCGCCGUGACCGCACGCCCGGCCGGCCCGGCCAUGCCUGGCGAGGAAGCGGCGGCGGCGGCGGAGGACGGGGGGGGUGGUGGGAGAGGUGGCGAGGAGGCGGCAGCGGCAGCAGCCUCCGCCGGUGCCGGCAGCAGGACGGCAGUCCAGGCCGGAGCGAGCUGCGACUCCGUGCGGGUCAUUGGCCUCGAGUUACCGACGAUUCGCGGCUCCAAGGCGUAACGCGGCGCGGUGGUUUGCCGGUGGUGGUGGUGGUGAUGCUGUUGGUUGGUUUUGCUGAUGUUGUUGGUGCUGGUGGCGAGGUUUGGUGCUGCCAGUGAUGGUGGUGGUGGUGGCGCCGAUGUUGCUGGUGGUCGUGGUGCCGGUUUUGCAGCUGGUGGUGGUGUUGGUGCUGCUGUUGAUGGUGAUACUGAUGGUGGUGGUGCUGUUGUUGAUGGUGAUACUGAUGGUGGUGGUGCUGUUGUUGAUGGUGAUACUGAUGGUGGUGGUGCUGCUGUUGGUGGUGAUACUGAUGGUGGUGGUGCUGCUGUUGAUGGUGAUACUGAUGGUGGUGGUGCUGCUGGUCAGUUGUGGUAACGGUGGUGCUGCUGUCGCUUUCGCUGGUGUUGAUGGUGGUGGUGGUAGCGGUGGUGGCGCUGUUGGUGGUGGUGCUGGUGGUGGUGAUGGCGCCGAUGGUGGCAAGGACUCUGCGAGCUGGGCACUGAGACGGUGGCACGGUGGUACCGUUGAGCCGUAGCGCGUUUGCCGAGCGUUGCAGAGGUUUGUGGUUCGAGCCCCACGGCCGCCCUGGUUAAUACCGCGGGCCAAUUAACCAUAAAUAGUACGCGCCGUCCGCUUCACAGUUCACGUGAGAGACCCCGUGGUAUAAUUAUGAAUAUUUGCCCAUUGUGUGCUGGUGUCACGGUGCAUAUUUGGCAAAUUCAACUAAACUUGAAAAAUUAAACCGCAAAUUACCAAAUUUGGAAUAACCACACAGCACCAUCGCCCCCCCCUACCCCCACCCGCCGCCACCCUAUCGCGAGACUCACGCAGACUGCGUCUGUGGAGCAUAGCGCAUUUUGUAGAUAGCCCCGUGCUAUAAUGAUUUGGCAAUUACCAAAUGCACUCAUGAUUUGGUGAUGCGGCUGCUGCUCCUGCCGCCACGUUGGCAGCGGUGCGCGACCGACAACACCCGUGGCUCGGACCCCGGAAGAUAUCCACACGCGGCAAAACCCUCGCCCAACGCGGUGGGUCUGGGUCACGUUCCUUUGAUCCGCAAUCCGCAAAGCUCAGAGGCAAAUGUGAGAGCUCGGGGUUUGGUUUGUGGUUCGUAAUACGCCACCGACACCCGCCCCGCCGUCCUUCUGUUUCACGCCGCCCUGCAUCAACGCAACACAUUA